AUGGGUCCCCGUUCCUUUGCUCUCGGAGCCUUGUGCGUCGCAUCUCUGGCCCUCGCUCGUACAGAUCUCGUUGGAUGCACAUACUUCGACACAGUUAGUGCCUACCCCGGUGGCCAGCCGUUCGCAACCCGUAUCUGGUACGUUCCAGGAUCUGGCGAGCUAUGCGAAUUCCUUGAUUGUGGCGGCGGCCGAGCCCCUCCAAAGACAACCGUCCCGGGAUGUGCAGCUUAUGAGGGAACCGAGACCUAUUCGCCCUCGUUUAUCAACCCGAAGACUCUUGGCCACGUUCCGGCUACUGUCAGCCCGGCCAAGACCAGUGCUGGAACUACUACCGCUGCUUUUUCCCCUGUAAUCACUGGAACAGAAGUGCCUGCUGCCACCAAAGUCUCUGAAUCGUCAGAGACUGGUUCAAAAACAUCAAUGAUGACGAGCACACCGUCAGGCUCCGGAAGCAGGGGAGCGGCAAUAACCAAUACCACGAAACCCACCACGAUAAGCAGCACUGGCGCGGCCGCCGGCCUUCCGACAGCCGGCCCAGUAUUGGGUUCCUGGAUGGCUGCCGGUGUCGUUGCUGGACUUGGCCUGUUCUAA